AUGAAUCCCUCGGAAGCCUUCGAAGAAGCCGAGCUGCGCCGAUUAUCGCAAAAUCGCGCAAAUGUUCCUGGCCCAACGAUCCAGCCAGGCGUCCCACGGCAGCCAAUAUACGGAUCGCAGGACUUUCCGGCACAGGGACGCCACGAGGAAGCGUCGGUUCAACGACCGACAUUUGGUCAGCCGCCAUCGCAGUCAUCAGCGGCGCCAUCCGCAUCACCAGAAAGCGCAGCGAUGCUACAAAUGCUGAGCGUGCUCCAGCAACAAAUGGCCCACCAGCAGCAGCAAAUGGCCCAACAGCAGCAGCUAAUCAACGAGUUUUUCAAGCAGGGAACGCUCAAUCAGAAGUUCCGGUAUGAGAAAGAAAUUGGAAUCACUUUCAAGAACUGGUACUCGCGCUACACCGAUCUCUUUCAGAAGGACGCUGCAAGGAUCGACGACCCUGCCAAAGUUCGGUUGCUAUUAAGAAAACUGGGCGCAGCCAAGCACGACUGGUACCUUUCGUUCAUAAUGCCCAGUCGUCCGUCAGAUUUCUCAUUGGAGGACACCGUGGUAAAGCUGACGGCGCUUUUCGACACAGAGGAAUCACUGCUCAGCCGAAGAUUCAAAUGCUUGCAACUAACUAAAAAACCAACCGAGGAUCACCUCAGCUACGCAUGCCGCAUCAACAAAGCGUGCGUAGUGUUUGAGCUCGGCAAGCUUAACGAAGACGAUUUCAAAACACUACUAUUCGUCUGUGGCCUGAAGGACGAAGCCGAUUCUGAUUUACGGACACGCCUUUUGGCCCGCAUCGAGAAACCGUCAGCGCCUCAGGCGCAAACGCCAGCCGUACUUACCGUGGAUCCAGGAUUCACUUCGGUACUACCGCAGCUGAUGUCGACGGAAGAAACUUAA